UUGUAUGUGCAUUGCUAUCUGCACGUUGUCAUUGUUGCGAUGCUCCUUGUGUUGUUACAAGCGGUUGCCAUGCUGGUUGCACAAGGUUCCUGGUUAGGCUCAGUCUCUCCCAGUCUAUAGGACGACUGGCUGUGUUAGAUGCGGUUCAGAUCUCUUGGAAUUUCCUGCUCUCAUGUUACGGCCACAAUUCUGCAGAUUUUUACCCCAGCCAGGCUUUGGGCAGCAUUGUUCUGGGAUGAUCUAGCAAUGCCUCUCCAGCACACACUCUUCUUUAUGUAAACUCUCUCCGAAAUGUUUCAUGAAUGAGUCAGGAGCCAUCAAGCCUAAUUGUUAAUGAUGAGCGUCCUACCCCCAGUGCGGCGAGAUCGGAUUGUGGCAGAGCUCCCUCAGUGUUUCCAGAAAGAGGCUUGUCUUCACACCAGAGACUCCUUUCAUUCCAAAGUCAUCAGUGCCUGCAAGCAGCAGAGAACAGGGACUGUGGGCAGAUUUAAGAUUUCCAAAGUUAUUGUGGUCGGAGAUCUGUCAGUGGGCAAGACAUGCAUGAUAAAUAGGUUUUGCAAAGAUGUCUUUGAUAAGAACUAUAAGGCGACAAUUGGGGUGGACUUUGAGAUGGAGAGAUUCGAGAUCCUGGGAAUUCCUUUUAGCUUGCAAUUAUGGGACACAGCUGGACAAGAAAGGUUUAAAUGCAUUGCUUCCACAUACUACAGAGGGGCUCAGGCCAUAGUUAUAGUCUUUGAUCUGACAGACAUUUCCUCAUUAGAUCAUACUAGGCAGUGGCUUCAGGAUGCUCUAAAGGAAAAUGAUCCUUCAUCAGUUCUACUAUUCUUGGUUGGCUCCAAGAAAGAUCUCUCGUCUCCAUCUCAGUAUGCUCUCAUGGAACGGGACGCCUUGAAGGUGGCGAAGGAGAUGCAGGCAGAAUACUGGUCUGUGUCCUCCCUAACAGGAGAAAACGUGAAGGAAUUCUUUUUCAGGGUGGCAUCUUUAACAUUUGAGUCCAGUGUACUAGCUGAAUUGGAGAAAACCAACGCUCGUAGGAUAGGUGACGUAGUGAGAAUAAACAGCAAUGACAGCAACUUGUACCAAAAUUCAAAGAAGAACAAGUCCAAGUGUUGUCAGUGACAAAGGACAGACAUGUCAGACGAUUGCACUGCAAAGCACCAAAAGUGUUGCAUAGACAUGGAAAAAGAAUCCUAUUACUUAUAAAUGUAAGCUCCUGGUGCCCUGCUCUGUUCUAGGAGGCUAUCCAGGGCCCCUUUAGAGUAUUGAUGGAUAUCACAGGUACAUUGAUAAAUUGCAUGCUGCCAGAGGGUGAAUUGUAGUGCAUUGCAGGGCAAAGUGCUAUAAUUCAUUUUCUAAAAUGAUUUAGUUUGUAAAAAUAUAGUGUGUUGGCGUUUUCCAUAAUUCUUUUUUAGUUUUUGAAUAAUUAUUAUGAUAAAAGGGAGAAUUAAAAGGACAAUAUUCCUUUAGUUUCUAUAUACACCACAGAGAGAACACAGUUAAAACAGGUACUUAAAGGGGUACAGCACCCCUAGACAUCUUAUCCCCUAUGAAAAGGAUAAGGGAUAAGAUGUCUGAUCACGGGGUCCGGCCGCUAAGACCCACCCCCCCCCGGCCAGGCAUCCUGGUGUUCUGAACAUUUAUGUUCAGAACACCUGCUGUGCUAGGCUUUGGGCACGCCCCCUCAAUUAAUGUCUAUCAGAGAUAUAUGGAGGGGGCAUGACGGCUGUGGCUGCUCGUAAUCCAGCACGGAGCGGAGUUCACUCUGUACAUGCAGAUUACUGGGAUGCCGGCCCAGAGAUUGUGGGGGGUCCCAGCGCCCGGACCUCUGCGAUCAGAUAUCUUUCCCCUAUCCUUCGUAUGGGGGAUAAGAUGUCUAGGCGCAGAGUACCCCUCUAAUAAAAACUAAAAAGUUAAGCUAUGUUCAUGUACCUUUUUUGGCCAUCUUUUGUACCAAAACAUUAACAAACAAUAAUUUGGCCAUUUUACAAUUCAAAACUCUUAAAAUCUUUUUAUUAUUUUUAUUAUUAAUUUAAACGGAAAUGCACACAUUGUAAUCUCUAACAGCCAUUGUUUUCAGCCAUAUUUCAGGCAAAAGACUGCGGAUUUUUGUGGAUAAAAAGACUGGACCAAAAAAACUGUGUGAAUAUGGCCUUAAAGGGGGUAUCCAGGGCUAGAAAAAAAAUGAUCUGGUUUUCUUAAUGAAACAGUGCCAUUGUUGUUCAUGGUCUUUGUCUGGUGUUGCGGCUCAGCUCCAUUCACGUGUACAGGACUGACCUAAAUCACCAAUACCAAACAAAGCCCAGAGAUCACAGUGGAACUCUUUGUGAAUGCAGAGGCUUCAUUUUAACUUCUUUGCCCAUUAAAAGGGGUACUGCGGUGGAAAAAAAAUGUUUUCAAAUCAAUUGGUGCCAGAAAGGUAAACAGAUUUUGUAAAUUAUUUCUAUUAAAAAAAAAUCUUAACCCUUCCAGUACUUAUCAGCUGCUGUAUACUACAGAGAAAUUUACGGAAGUUCUUUCCAGUCUGACCACAGUGCUCUCUGCUGACACCUCUGUCCGUGGCAGCAACUGUUCAAAGCAGGAGAGGUUUUCUAUAGGGAUUUGCUUCUAAUUUGGGCAGUUCCUGACACAGACAGAGGUGUCAGCAGGGAACACUGUGGUCAGACAGAAAAGAACUACACAGCUUUCUCUGUAGCAUAGAGCAGCUGAUAAGUACUGGAAAGAUUAAUAUUUUGAAAUAGAAGUCAUUUACAAAUCUGUUUAACUUUCUGGCACCAGUUGAUACAAAAGCAAAUUUGUUUUCCACUUGUUCCCACCGGAGUUCCCUUUUAAUAUAUAAGAACAAUGUAAUUCUAUUUGGACCAGCACUGCACAUAGUUCCUUUAGGUGAAGGCCCCGUUUCAGCUGGGGUCCCCGUGACUGAUAAACAUGUUUAGGAGUCACCAGUAAACUGUGGGGGUGAUGUGCAGUGCAGUGUAGUGUAUUUUAUGGCUAUAAUGUCCUUUAAUCCUUACCCUGUGUGUAACAAUAUGCACAUUAUUUUAUUAUGUUUAAGAGAAAAUGACAAUGCAAAUGUCUUUUAUGACAUAACCAAGAAAUCAUUGGGCACAUUGCAAUAAAAUGUUUUUAUGUAAAAGCUAUUAUAUUUUUAUGGAAACAACAAAAGAUUUUGCUUUGAAAUAAACCUUUUGCAUUCAUA